ACGGCGGGUUCGGGCGGGUGGGGACGCGGUGCGCGUUGCCCAUCGGCCGUACUGGCCGCUUGGUACUCCACAAGGGGCGUGUACCCGAGCCGCGCACUGGCGGGCUCCAUGUUCACCGAGCUGAGGUCAAAGCUGAGCCCCCCGCGAGCUCGCGCCGGGGCUGUGCGUACAGGCUUCGGGGAGCGCCCGGAUGUGGACGCCGCUGCCCAUUUCAGCUUCUGCCAGACCCUCCUAGAGCACACAGUAUCAGCUGAGAACAUACCCUGCCACCUGCCUCGGACACCAGGCACUAGCCUCACCUGGCAUGAUUCCCGUAGCCAGAGGGCAUCCAGCAGCAGGCCAAUCAAGCUUCUUCAACAGCCGGGCUCGGAAACCCCCCAGGCCCGGCUGUACUCUGAUCACUACGGCUUGUACCAUACAAGCCCUUCACUGGGAGGCCUGACAAGGCCAGUGGUCUUGUGGAGCCAGCAGGAUGUUUGCAAGUGGCUCAAGAAGCAUUGUCCUCACAACUACCUCGUCUAUGUCGAGGCCUUCUCCCAGCAUGCCAUCACUGGCCGAGCUCUGCUGCGACUGAAUGCAGAUAAGCUGCAGAGAAUGGGGUUGACCCAGGAGGCCCAGAGGCAGGAGGUGCUGCAGCAGGUGCUCCACCUGCAGGUGCGUGAGGAGGGGCGGAGCCUGCAGCUGCUCAGCCAAGCUUCCUUCGGAAAUAUGUCCUAGCUGCUGCCUAGACUUGGACCCCAGACCCCAACACUGUGACCAGAGCCCACAGCCAAGGAUGUGGCAGAGCUGGCCCUACAGCCCCUUUGGAUCCUGCAGGAUACCCUAGUGGCUAAACCUAGCCCAGUGAACAGGGAGGGGCAGGACUGCCACCUCCAGGUUCCUCUGGAAAGGCACUAUAGGUUCUGCCCUGUGCCUGGGUGGGUGGUUGCUGCCUGCUUGAAGACCCUUCUUCUGGGAUCCAAGCCCAGAUCCACCCCCUGGUGCUGCUGGCAGCAAACAGGGCAGCUGCCUGGAGCAAGAGUGGGGUUUGAAUGUCCCCAGACUCCCAGGGAGUCUGUUUAUUUAUGUUCCCUCCAACAUGUGACCAUCCCCCAUCUUCUCAGUCAUGAGCUCUCCCCUUAAGUCUUUUAAUUCUGUGUUUUCCCCAGCCACCUCCAGGUCAGCCACACAGUGGGACAAGCUUUCUUGGCUCUCUUUCAGAUGUAUCCCUCCCCUAACCCUCUCAGAGUAUAACAGGCCCAACGUGUUAUCUACAGUGAUGGUCAUCAGCCCAGCUAGGUAUCCAUGUCAUGUGAAACUUCAGCACACCUUAUCCACUCAUGAGAAGUGCUCAAGCUCCAAGGCCAGUGUGUGGCACAACACAGACGCCAGUGCUGUACAGGUAACUCCAUGUCCAGCCACCGGUUCAGCAAUGUUCUCAACCUUACCCUUGAGAAAGUCUUACUUUUAAGCAUCUUUCCUAUUUCCUGACUCUUAGAGACCAUCUUGAAGAAAGAAACGUGUGUGCACACUGGAGCGUGUGUGCAUGCACGCACCUCUGCAGCUUUCCCAAGGAAAAUCUGUAUUUAUAGUUUUUUCCCAAGAAAAGUAUGUAGGGAUGUAGACACCUGAGCAACCCUUCCUUGGGUAUUUGGGGGCUGGUGCUGCCAGGAAGAAAGACAGUGAGGAUGCCCCUGGCAGCUCACUCUCAACUCUGCCAUCUACUAACUUUCCCAGGGACUUUAAAAUCUCAGGGACAGUUGAGGCUCAGCCUCCAGUCCCCUCUGUGUGCCAGAAGCUGGCCUCGAUCCAAGGUUGCUCAUUGCAGUUAAUGUAGGCCACUGACCUGGCAUCUCCUAUCCUGUAUGCCCUCCACCCAUGGAAGGGCCACCUUGUUGUGUCUGCCUGCCUUUAGAAUUCCCCCAGUCCUUGUUCCUGCAACCAGAGGGCUCUCUCUGCCCCAUUUCUCUUUCCUGAAUUUUCUAUCCUAUGCUCCUGUCCUGUCUUCCUUGGUUUUUGGUCAAUUUUUUAUACUCUGACAAAAAAAAAAUCAGAAAUAAAUCUGGUUCUCAAAUGCCA